AUGGUUGGCAUGGAUUUUAUCGGCCUCUUCGACUCGAUACAGACUCCAAACCGAGUUUCAAUCGAAGACUUCGCCGAUCGAGUUAACAUAUUUACUGUGAUCCUCUUGUUGCUGUCCAGUGUGGUUGUUGCGGGCAAGCAGUAUCUGCUCAAUUCCAUCUCCUGCUACAUCCCAGUCAAGCCGACCGGAGAAAACUUUGAUAAUUAUCUCUCCGACUACUGUUGGGUGCAUGGAACCAUUCCACUGAUGUCGGAUGAGCAGAUACCGAAGACACCGGAACAAUGGCAAUUAUACGAUGAAACGAGACGGAUAAGUGAGCUUGUCGGGUUGAGUGCUUUUGCUCUGCGUUGGGAUAAUUGA